AUGAAGAACAACAACAAGAACAAUAUGAAGAUGAGUUCUUCACAAGAAAGUGGUCAUGGUACUACUACUAACAUCGUUAUUACAGAGACGAUGAAUAAGAAGGUAGAGAGGAAGGCAUCGAUGGACGUGGACCAGUGUGCGGAAGCUUUCAUCACACAUUUCAGAAAGCAGCUUCUUCUUCAGCGUCUCGAGUCCAUCGAAAACAUGCUCUCUCGAGGCCUUUAA